ACUCUCUCGUCCCUCGUAUCUCGAUCCUGCACAUAAUCGUUUGUACCUCUCUGUUUUACGGUUUCAAUUUGUAAAAUUUUGGCUAAUUAUUGCGGUUCUGGGCUUAGCCAAAAGGAUUUGGAUUAGGGUUUACAGCACUAAUUUUUUCAAUAAUAUCUGGGUUCUCGAAACGUGUCUGUACGAGAGAGUAAUGUAGACUGAGAUAAGUUAAUCAAUUUGAUAAUCUGUGUAAGUGAUUAAUCCAAUAGUUACUAGUAAUUAUUUUGGUACUAAUGAUUUUUUGUUGUGGUGCAUCGAUGUGGAAUUGCCGAAUGGUUCUUGUUCUAUGCAGUGCUUGCUGGGCUUGCCUUUAUGUUUUCAGCUAGCAUCUUGCUACAGAUCCUGGCUUGUGCAAUAUACAACAAUUGGUGGCCCAUGUUAUCAGCUCUCAUGUACGUGCUGGUGCCUAUGCCUUGCUUAUUUUUUGGAGGUGGUUCCACUCAGUUUCUGACUAGUAGGGAUGGUGGGGGUUGGAUAGAUGCUGCUAAGUUUAUGACUGGAGCUUCAGCUGUGGGGAGCUUAGCCAUUCCGAUUAUCCUAAGGCACGCUCAUAUGAUUCAGACAGGAGCUAUGCUUAUCGAGUUCACAUCCUUCUUCAUAUUUGUUUGCACAGUCAUGUGUUUCCACCGAGCUAGCCUAGAAGAUGAUUGGUGAUAAACAUGGAACAAGUUUCAUGAUUAUGAUGCAUAUACAUGGGCAAAGAUAUAAAAUUUUUCUACUAUGUAAAAUUGGUUGAAUGUAUAUCUCUAUAGGGCUGUUCAAUCAACUCGUGUUUUUGCUGUAUUCCCCGACUACUUUGGAUUAUUACCUAAAGUGAGAGUUGCUGUGUUUGAUA